GCAAAGAUGGCCCCAAAAGGGUCUAGGAAGUUCUCCUCUUCUCUUCCGACGCAGACAUUGGUUCUCGACAAUGGCGCGUACACCCUCAAAGUUGGCGUCGUCCCCGCUGGAUCCGCAGACCUCACCUACAACGACUGCAGUGUCGCGCCCAACUGCAUUGCGCGGAGUAACCGUGACAAGCGCACCUAUGUAUCCUCGGAGCUCUCAAAUUGUAAUGACUUUGGCGAAUUGGCGUUCCGACGUCCCGUAGAGAAAGGUUUCAUCGUGAACUGGGAGGCACAAAAAGCCAUCUGGGAACAUGAGUUCUUCGAUGCAAAGGCAGGGGAAGGGUUAAGGUGUGAUCCGCGAGAAUCGAACUUACUCUUGACAGAGAAACCAAAUUGUCCAAGUCUGCUGCAGAAGAACUGCGAUGAGAUAAUUUUCGAGCAGUUUGAGUUUGCACGAUACUAUCGUUGCGUUGGACCAACACUCAACGCUUACCACCAGCUAAACCCCAAUUCACUCUCGGCCCUCCCGCAAGAAUGCCUCCUCAUUAUCGACACUUCGUAUUCCGACACCACCAUCCUACCACUAUACUCGGGUCAGCUCAUACAAUCCGCGCUGCGGCGCCUCACCGUGGGCGGCAAGCUGCUCACGAACUACCUUAAAGAAUUAUCUUCACUUCGGCAUUACAACAUGAUGGAAGAAACCCACCUGCUGAAUGAAAUCAAGGAAGCCGUCUCAUUCGUUGCACCUUCUACACAACAGUUCUCCCAGGAUUUGGAGCGCACAUGGAAGGGCCGGGUAGGCGAUAGAAGGAAUGUUGACCCAACAAUUGUCUUGGAUUAUGUGCUGCCAGACUAUGAGCAUUUCAGUCACGGCUAUGCGCGACCUCAUGAUCCAACAAAGUCACGGAUGCGCCGAGGCCUUCAGCCCCCCCAAGGACCAAGAGAAGAUCUUCUUCCUCUCGGAAACGAGCGUUUCGCAGUUCCAGAGCUUCUCUUCCACCCUACCGACAUCGGAAUUCAAGAACCUGGCCUCCCGGAGACCAUAAUGCAGUCUGUGGCUGUCCUCCCCGAGGCACUGAAGGUGGGAAUGUUGGCGAAUGUAGUCAUUGUAGGAGGUAACUCGCUUAUUCCUGGUUUUAUGGAAAGACUAGAGUCUGAACUCAGGGCCCUUGUCCCUGCAGAGUAUGAUCUCAAUAUCUCGAGGGCAGAGGAUCCAAUCAAGCAUACAUGGCUUGGAGCAGCAAAAUUUGCAAGUCAGACUGAGUUGCUGAAAGAGGCACUGGUCGAAAAGGCUGAGUAUGAUGAAAGAGGAUCGGGAUGGUUAGCUAGGAAAUUCGCUGGAGGCGACAUGAAGUGAACGUUGGAAGCUAUCCAUGCAAGCAAUGUAAGAGUAUCAGUGUGUAGUAAUUAGAGUUUGCACCGAAGACAAGGCAUUAUCUGGUGCCAUUUACUGCUGGGAUAAC